ACUGAAGUGGGCUGUUCAAGAAAAGAUUGGACAUUUUGUAGCACUGUGACUAAACUGCGGCUUGUUUCCUGUUUCUAGUGUGGUUCUGUAAUUAGUAGCUGGUUUCCCUGAUAUUUUCAACACAUCAACCGCAGGCUACAUGUUAAUGAAAUGCGUCUACGUUUCCUGAGUAGUUUGUUUAAGAGUGGCAGCGAGUUAACAGUGAGACAGAAACAAACAGAAACGGUCUUAAUUUGUACUGCGUGUUGUGAAUGAUACCGUGAGCUCCAACUUUGAGAUCAGACGGUGGCCAUCAAAGCAGUAUACAGUAAAGCGUAAACCUCUACGUAAGUGAGAAGUCACCCUUGUCAACUACUCUUGUUGCCGAGGUUGCGGUCAGUCAUGAUGAAUGCAACAAACCUGAGCAACAGCACCCUGGAGAUGCUGGUCAGUCCCGUGAUGACCAUGGCUGUGCCUGCCAUCUACCUGGUUGUGUUUGUCUGCAGUACCCCCUUCAACCUGGUGUCUCUGGUGGCACUAGUGAGCCUCCACUCCAAGCGUCCCAACUCCACAUCCGUGUUGACCAUCAACCUGUCCCUGGCCGACCUGCUCUACAGUGCCUUCCUGCCCCUACAGGUGUUGUAUCACCUGCGGGGUAAUAACUGGCCUUGGGGCUCCGCGCUCUGUGGCCUCACCACCGCAGCCCUCUACUGCAACAUGCACUGCUCAGUCCUCAUCUCCUGCGCCAUAGCGUUCGAGCGCUACUGCGGCGUGGUGCACCCGCUACGCACCAAGCACUGGCAUACCACCCGGCGUGCCUCCAUCACCUGCCUCCUCAUCUGGGCAUUUGUUCUGGUAAUGCAGUAUCCCUUGUUCCGGUGGGACCUCACGCUCCAAGUCACUGAACUGGACAUCACAACCUGCUUCGACGUGCUCCCACGCAGAAUUUUCGAAAAUUCUAGGAACGCUUAUCUCUACUUCAUAUUUGUUAUGAUGAUGUUCAAUGUUUUGCCGUUAGCCAUGCUGGUCGGCUGUUACGUAGCGGUGGCGAGAGAACUGCGCCGAUCCUCGCCACUGGAAACUGACUGCAGCGAAAUGAAGAGGGAAAUGUCGUUAAGGAGACAGGCUCAGACCACAGUCGCCUUGGCAACUCUGUGCUUUGUGGUGUGUUACCUACCAACGGCCAUACUACAUACGUUGCACCUGGUCUUUCACGCCCAGGGCUACGGACGUCUUUACAUGUACUAUGAACUAGCACUGAGUAUCAACAGCUUCAACUGUUGCUUUGACCCGUUUUUGUACUACUUCGCAUCCAGGGAGUUCCGCUGGGCCCUCAGGAAGCGGUUUGGAUGGUGUUGCCCACUGAUAAAUGAGUCUGGGAAUACUGCACUGGUGUCCAAGACAGGAUAGCCCAGAGGCGAAAUGGCCCCUCUACUGGACCAUGGUUGUUCACUAGACUGACAUGCUAAAAAGGAAUGCAGAUUCUGUUUCAAA